CUGGCAACACUGCUAUCAGACGGAGUUUGACACGUCUGCUAGCUGUCAAUUCGGAAGUUCCAAAAGCGAGUGUAAAAAAAAACAUCUGUUCGCAAUUCGACCAGCCAGUCAUCCCAGCAAAAGCUACCAAAAGAUGUCGCUUGGACCGUUCUUCCGCUCACCGUUCACUGAUCUGACCGCGUCGAUGGUCAACUUCCAGCAGUACGAUAAGUGCGGCGAGCUGGAGAUGGCUUCGAUCGACUGCCUCGAAGCGUACGGUACUGUGCGCGGUGCGAAGAAGUGUGCCGAUCUGCUGGCCGACUUCCAGGAGUGCGCGUUCAUGACGAAACAGAUCGCUAGAUUCCGGGCAAUGCGAAUGGAAAGACAUCGUCAGGGAUGGAAUGGUGAGCGCAAGGGCGAUGGAUAUUACGCACCACCGCCGCGUGUCGAUGCCUACUAGAGAGUGCGUGAGCUUUGAGCACAUCCGCAGCCCGGGAGGCCCCACCACUAGAGGAAUCCGCAUAUUCCUUGUAAAUUAAUAUUGAAAUACAUUCAUCCGUUCUAUAGACAA